CAACAAUAGGGUGGACCACUACAACUCAGGUGAGGACGUCACGUUACUCAACAGUGCGCGCCUCUCGUAGGAGAGCCAAAAGGUCCAACACCCCUUGCCUCUGUUCUCUGGGGUUUAGGCUUUUAGCUCAAGCGAGUUCUUUCCUUGACAACUAGAAAGAAGCUUCAUUCUCAGAAAUUAAAGACUACCCAAUUGUGUGUUGAAGAAAUGGCGCUACAACACACGAUAAGAUUACCUUUAUCAUAUCCACUCUCAGCCCUCAAAGACAGCAAAUUCAGAGUUCCCAAUUCAGUUACCGGUUUAAGCCCACAAUCUAAACAAAGACGACGCAACAGUUGGGUAUCUUCCUCAAGAAUGGAGUGUUUUAGUCUCUCAUCCAACUUUCUAAACUCGCCUUUGCUGGGUCGUGCAAUCAGGACAAGUAGAUUGACAGAGUCUAGAAGUGUAGGGAAACUCGAUAGGGAAGCAUCUAGUGACAGUGAAGAGGAGGAGGAUGAACCUCCUUCAGGGAAGGUGAACGAUCCUUAUCUUAUGGACGCCGAAGAGAGACGUGAAUGGAGGAGCAAAAUUAGAGAAGUGCUUGAUAGAAACCCUGAUGUCGAGGGUGAGGUAGAUCCUGUGGAAAGGAGGAAGAAGAUGGAAAAGCUUAUGGCUGAUUACCCCCUAGUCGUGGAUGAGGAGGAUCCUGACUGGCCUGAAGAUGCUGAUGGGCGGGGAUUCAGCAUGGGUCAGUUCUUUGACAAGAUCACUGUCAAGAACACCAAGAAAGCCGAGGAUGAUAAUUAUGAUAGCGACAAUGAAAUAGUCUGGCAAGAUGAUAAUUAUAUCCGUCCAAUCAAAGACAUAACCACUGUAGAAUGGGAAGAGACUGUGUUCAAGGACAUCAGUCCUUUAAUCGUUCUUGUGCACAAUCGCUAUAAAAGACCAAAGGAAAAUGAAAAAAUACGGGAGGAGCUGGAAAGGGCUGUCCAAAUCAUAUGGAACUGCCGGCUGCCUUCACCAAGAUGUGUUGCAAUUGAUGCUGUUGUCGAGGAUGAAUUGGUUUCUGCGUUACAAGUUUCCGUUUUUCCUGAGAUUAUCUUCACAAAAGCAGGGAAGAUUUUGUACCGUGAGAAAGCAAUUCGAAAUGCAGAUGAGCUGUCAAAAAUAAUGGCAUUCUUUUAUUAUGGGGCAGCCAAGCCACCUUGUUUGAAUAGCAUUGGAGAUGGCCACGAAGCAAUUCCAUCUGUUCCCAUCAAUAGUAAAGUAUCCUGAUAUUAUAGUUGUAGCAUGUAUGAAAAAUGUUCAUUUAAGUGCAAUUUCUAGGGUUAGUGAUGAACUCUUGUUGAUGUGGUCGUUCCACUUACAAAUAUCUUGAGAAUACACUUGUUGUAUGAAAAAAGGCAAGGAAGAUGUAUAGUUACAUUUGAUGUUAUGCAGGUAGGAAUAGCUUGUUAUUUGUUUUCUAAAGAGAAUGAUAUUGAAACGCAUGCGUUUAUUGAA